CAGGCUUGGGGAGGGGAGGGGAGCGGAGCGGAGCCAGACUGCCUUAGAGGGCUGGGUAGUAAAAAGCAAAAGGAGUGAGUGACAAGGUUGCGCUUCAGCCCCUCUUUGCUGGAUUUUGCACCCGCAAACUUCUGAGUCGCGACUUCCAGCACGGGAUGUGGUGCCAUAAAUUAUUGUACGUACAAAGCAGGCUCCAGAAUUUGAUGAAGAGAGGAGACAUAGGUCAUGUUCUUCAUCUGUCCAACUUUAGAAGUUUAUUUUCGUUAUCUAUCCAUUGGUGCCAUACAGCUUCCAAGUCUGUGAAUUGUGCUUGGCAGCAACAUGAAGAUCAUUUGGAACUGCAAUAUGCUAGCACUGUAAUGCGGUUUGAUUAUGUCUGGCUUCGAGACCACUGCCGCUCAGCAUCAUGCUAUAAUUCUAAGACUCACCAGCGGAGCCUGGACACUGCCAGUGUGGAUUUAUGUAUCAAGCCACAGACCAUUUGUCUGGAUGAAACCACACUCUCUCUCACUUGGCCAGAUGGUCAUAUGACUAGAUAUGAUCUGGAUUGGCUGGUAAAAAAUAGCUAUGAAGGGCAGAAACAAAAGGUUAUCCAACCUAGAAUAUUAUGGAAUGCGGAACUCUACCUGAAAGCCCAAAUUCCAUCUGUUGAUUUCCAGAGUUUCUUAGAAACAAAUGAGGGACUGAAGAAGUUUCUGCAGAACUUUCUGCUGUAUGGAAUUGCAUUUGUAGAAAAUGUCCCUCCCAGUCAAGAGCACACAGAAAAGUUGGCAGAAAGGAUCAGCUUAAUCAGAGAAACCAUCUAUGGAAGGAUGUGGUAUUUCACUUCAGAUUUUUCCAGAGGUGACACUGCAUACACCAACUUAGCUUUAGAUAGGCACACUGACACUACCUACUUUCAAGAGCCCUGUGGCAUUCAGGUAUUCCAUUGUCUUAAGCAUGAAGGAACAGGUGGCAGGACGCUGCUAGUAGAUGGAUUCUAUGCAGCACAACAAGUACUUCAAAAAGCACCGGAGGAAUUUGAACUCCUCACCAAAGUGCCACUGAAGCAUGAAUAUAUUGAAAAUGUUGGAGACUGUCACAACCACAUGAUUGGAGUUGGGCCAGUCUUAAAUAUAUACCCAUGGAAUAAAGAGCUGUAUUUGAUCAGGUACAACAACUAUGACCGAGCUGUCAUCAACACUGUGCCUUAUGAUGUUGUCCAUCGUUGGUAUAUAGCACACCGAACCCUAACACAUGAAUUAAGAAGGCCUGAGAAUGAGCUUUGGGUCAAACUGAAGCCUGGAAAGGUAUUAUUUAUAGACAACUGGAGAGUCCUUCAUGGCAGGGAAUCAUUCACUGGCUAUCGUCAACUCUGUGGCUGCUAUUUAACAAGAGAUGAUGUAUUGAAUACUGCUCGUCUCUUGGGACUUCAGGCUUAAAAUUGAAAACACUGGGAUUACAAAUACACUAGGCACCCUACCACCAAAAUUUUAUAUCAACAAAGCAAUAUUUUGUCAAAAUUUGCUUCAUGUUGUCACCUUACCAUACUAUAAAACAGAAGCUUUUCCUUACUCUAAAAAAAAAAAAAAAAAAAAACAACAACUUGUUAAAGAAAGGGGGCUUCUGAGUUAUCUAAUGUCACCACCUAGUAUGAUAGCCUUCUUCCCAAGUUAUAAUUUGAGCCUUUUGAUGUAAUUAUAAUCACAGUACUUAAGAAUUAUAAUCUCCAUAUUAAAAGGAAACCAAUAAUAUUGAAUAAUUUGUCUUCAGCUAAAUCAGAAUGCAAUACAUUCUAGAAAUGACAAAAUACUGAUAAAGCAACAUUUGCAAAAUGUUUUCAUUUUUUUAUAAUUCAUUUGACUAAUAAAUUGUGCUUACUUGUAUUUUGAAUAUAACCUAUAAUAUCUUCUAUUCCCUUCCAGUUUCAGCAGAUGAUAGGAAAUUGCUUUUCUUUUUAAUGACUGAAUGGUAUUUCAUUGUGUCACAUUUUCAUUACCUGUUAAUGGAAAACAAGAUCGAUUCCAUAUUUUAGCUACUAUGAAUACUAUAUUGACAAACAUGGGCAUGCAGAUAUUCUGUAAUACACAGGUUUAAUUUUCCUUGGGUGUGUAAUAUACCCAGAGAGGUCAUAUGGAUAAUACAGUACUUUUAUUUCUUUAACAUUCUUGAGUUCUGUGUACUGUUUCCAAUAAUGCAUAAAUUAGUAAAUUUACAUUCCCACCAACAGUGUAAUGAGCCUUUUCAGAGUAUAUUCUCACUAACUUUUGUACUUUUUGGUGUUGAUUAUUGCAAUUAUAGAUAGAUCAAAAUGGUAUCACAUUGUGGUUUUUCAAUUGGCUUUUUCAUGAGGCCUAGUGAUAUUUAGCAACUAUUCAAAUAUCUCUUGACCAUUUUGUGUUCUUUUGAGAAAUGUCAAUCUAGAAUUCUUGCCAAUUUUUAGUCAAUUAUUUGUACUUUAACUUGAAUUUUUGAAGUUUCCUACAUAUUUAAGACAAUAUUACCAUUUCAGAUGUAUAGUUAACAAACAUUUUUAUCAUUCUGUAGGUUUUCCUUUACUCUGCUGAUACUCCUUUAUUCUUGCUAUGUGAAAGCACAUUAACACCCUUAAAUGUUACCCAGGACUCCAAAGUAAAAUCUAUUAAUACUAACUAUUUUCAAUACUGAGAGGAAUCAAAAGUGCUUAACUGCUAAAAACAAAACACCAGUCUAUUAGCUAUCAGAUAUAGGCCAUUAUAAUAUGUCAUGCCAUCUGUGGUCUCUUUGUGCGAGUCAGAUAAUGAGAAUGAAAAAAAAAUAUCAUUUUAGUAUUGUAUUACAGAAAUAGUUUUUCAUCUUACAAGCAUGCUAAAAGAUGCCCAGGAACCCUAGUACAUCUACUUUGGACAGUACUUUAAAAAGCAAAGGGCUAGAAUCUUGGUUCUUUGGGUCAACCCUUUAUUUCAUUUGCCAGCAUAUGAAAGGGCUUAGCUGAAACCCUACAGCUUUGCCUUGUAAUCUCCUAUGAAUAUAGGAGAAUUUGCAGUCUCUCUCUCUCUCUUUCUCUCUCUCUCCUUCUGUCUCUCUCUCUCUUUCACACAUACACAUAUGCACAAACACACAGAACUGAGGGUCCAAAUGUAUACUAGGUUCAUCUAUUCACAGAACUCAUCAUGAUAGAUGUGUGCUUCCAGAGUACGUGAUAUUACUAGGUAAACUUGUAUUUUGGCAGUUGGAUAGCAUUUACAAAUGUAAACUCUCUUCCUCCAUUUCUGCUGAUCUUUUCAUAUCCCUUUUCUUUAAAUGUUAUACACAUUAAUUAUAAAAAUUUGACAGACACAA